CUGCCCGCGGGGGGUGCGGAGCCGGCCCCCCGGGCAGCGCUGUGCGGUUUGAGAGGAGCGGACGGUGCCGGCUCUUUCCGCCCCUCGCUCCAUGCUCUGCCCCACGCUCCGUCCCCUAACGGGAGGGAUGUCGCCCGCGUGGCGGGGAGCAGGAUGGGCCGGAGAGGCCACUGUAGGGGUACAGCGGUGAAAAUCCAGCCCUCUCCUAAAACGCCGAGAGAGCUUGUGAUCUAUGUGCUUUUGAUACUUUGCAACCAGUCUUUUGUGACUCUAGCCACAAAUGACUCCUAUGUGAAAGGAGCGCUGGUACUUGGUUCAUCCUUGCAACAGUAUAGAACAACAAGGAAGCUGACUGCACUCAUAACUCCUCAGGUCUCAGAUCUUAUGAGGAGAGUGCUGGAAAAAGUCUUUGAUGAAGUCAUAUUGGUAAAUGUCUUGGAUAGUGGGGAUUCAGCACACUUGGCGUUAAUGAAAAGACCUGAGUUGGGCGUCACACUAACAAAGCUUCACUGCUGGGAACUGACACAGUUUUCAAAAUGUGUUUUCAUGGAUGCAGACACAAUGGUUUUGUCAAAUAUAGAUGAGCUUUUUGAAAGAGAAGAGCUAUCUGCCGCACCAGAUCCAGGCUGGCCCGACUGUUUUAAUUCAGGAGUUUUUGUUUACCGACCUUCCAUUGAAACAUACAGUCAGCUGUUACAGUUUGCCACAGAAAAAGGCAGCUUUGAUGGUGCAGAUCAGGGGCUAUUAAACACCUUCUUCAGCAGCUGGGCAACAACAGACAUGAGCAAACAUCUACCGUUUAUUUAUAAUUUGAGCAGCACUUCUGUAUAUUCCUACCUUCCAGCAUUUAAAGCGUUUGGUGCAAAUACUAAGGUAGUGCAUUUCCUGGGAAGCACAAAGCCGUGGAACUAUACAUAUGACUCCAGAACAAAAAGCAUAAAGGGCAACAUGGAUGACCCUAAAAUAGUUCACCCAGAAUUCCUCAACAUGUGGUGGGAUACCUACAUAGCUGAUGUUUUACCAUUACUAGAACAGCAUGGAAUUGUUAAAGAAAUUAAUCCAGGGGUAAAUAUGGCAGAAGUUACAGAGGCAGUGUCCCACGUAUCAGUAUCACCACUAUUACCAACUGAAUCUUCAGAAGAACGCAAGGAACGGUGGGAACAGGGCCAAGCUGACUAUAUGGGAGUGGAUUCCUUUGACAACAUCAAGAAGAAACUUGAUACCUACCUUCAGUAGAAGUGCCUGUCUCAAACAGUGGUGAUGCAAGGACUUGUUCCAGAACUAACAGCUAGAAAGGUAUAGAUGGUGGUCAGUUACACUUGCUAGUAGCUUGAGGAAAAACUUCUUGGCUGAAGGCCUCUGCAGUGCUACAGAUGAAGACUGAGCAAAAGCUAGGAAGCAGAAUCCUUGGGCCACCUAUUACUGCCCAAUUUCCAAUUCUCCAUACUAGAUAAAGCCAGGUAUUUUCAGCUUAAAAUUUCUUCUGUUUUGAUCAAUUGGCUCAACAUAUUCUUUAAACUGGGUUUGUUACCUCACCUCAUUAGGUGAUUAGCAUUGAUUCCUUUGCUUGCUGUUUUAGAUGUAAAAUCUAAUUCAUGGGAUUGUUCAUACACUGGAGUGGUAGCCAUUCUGCUUUACCAUAAAUGUAUUAAUGACACUGGGAUACAUACAUGUAACAGUAAUAGCACUGCUUUGCUCUUCCAGUCACAAUUGCACUGAAAUUUUGACCAGGUUCUUACGCACAGUGCCUGCAGCAUGGCAGAAUGCGUUUUUCAGUUCUGUAUACUAUGGGACUAGUAAACUGAGUUUUAUCUGUUCCUUGCAAUGUUGCACUUGAUACAAAAAUAAAAAGUUGUCAUGCA